UGUCAAGUGUUCACCACGGAGCUCUCUAAGUUAUAAUAAGCCACAGGUAUACCCGAAACCUUAUCCGGAAUCACCAGUGUCCUCCCGGCUCGUCCUCAGUCCUGUGAUCGCAGGAGUGAAGCUCGGUUCUCGCAGCACUUCCACAGCCCUAGUGGUCUGCUUGUCGCUUGGGUGGCUUCCGCGGAGCAAUCUGUGGAUUCGCAGCAUCCAGAUUCGAGAAUCCAGCCGCUGAAUUCUGUGCAUCUCUCUUGGGAAUCGGACUGGAUAAAUGGAAUCGGUAACUAAUAUGGACGUGAAGAACGCAGCAAAGAUCGCUCUUUUAUUGCUCCAGUCGAUCUCGUUCUCCUCCUCUCCUCUGAUCCACUUGUUUCCGGUCCUCGAACAGCAAUGGCCUCCAUUCCUUGCAGCAUUUAUCUCUACCCUUCUUCCUCCUUAGGCACCACCAACAGCUCCUCUUCUUCUUCGACUGCUCUUCGUUCUGUCGAGAGACCGAGGUCUCCGUUUUUGGCCAUCAGGAGAAGCUUGGGCUGGCUGAUGGCAUCCAGGCUGAGGGCCAAGGUGGGGCCCUGCGACGCUGGUUCGGGCACGGCCACCGGCGUCGACGCCGAGGGUGCCGGCAUUUACGGAAGCCAAUCCCGCGAUGAUUUCAGCCGGUACGACGUCGAACAGUACUUCGAGCACAUGGGAAUGCUUGCGGCCGAGGGUUCGCACGAUAAGAUGGAAGCUCUCCUCGACCAGAAGAUUCACCCUGUGGACAUCUUGCUGAUGGCGGCAGCGUCGGAGGGAGACAAGCCAAAGAUGGAGGAGCUGCUGAGAGCAGGUGCGAAGUAUGAUGUCAGAGAUGGCGAGGGAAGGAUCGCUUUGGAGAGGGCAGCCAGCGACGAGAUCAAGCAACUCAUCCUUCAGCUCUCUGUGCGCAGACUAUGAAUUAAGCAUCCACAAGUCCCGAUCUCGUGACCUUUUCUUUCCGCUGCUUCUUA